AUGGUGUCUUCCACAGCAAUAGAUGCGCUGACAAGCGCUUUGGUUGCUCGCUUUCUGCGGGCCAACAACUACUCUGAGUCUCUUCAAGCUUUUAUUCGCGAGGCAGGUCUGCCUGUGGACGCGGGGCAAGCAUCGGGUGACGAUACCAACCACUGGACCAUCCAGGGCUUGCUGGAGGAGAAAAAGACAUUUGACCACACAGCCAACUUUGAAAGAUAUGGCAAGGGCAAUAAGGAGACGGAUUCAUGGAGUGUACCAGCACCCUCGAAGGCAACAAUUGUGAAUACUCCAACAUCCUCGAACCUUCUUGCCGCAUCAGUCGACUCGUGGCAUUUGCCCGAGGAUGAUGCAGAGGCAGCCACCGCAGCGCCAGUGAUCAUCUCUACAGGUGCUGAUAGGCAGGUUCAUCUGUCUAAGACUACGAAAAACCAUGGUUCUAUCACCUCAUUUUCGAGUGUAUCAGACUCGCCCGUGCUGUCGUAUGUCUCUAUCCUCAAGGGACGAUACGUCCUGAUGACGAACAUGUCCGGAGGCUUGAUACUUUUGCAUGGAUCACGUAUUGUUGACAGCAGAAAAGACCACUCAAAGUACGCUGUCAAGGUCGUUGCAUAUGAUGAGAAAGGCGAGACCGACUCAUCAUCGCAAUUCUGGGUUGCCACCGCCGGUUGGGAUGCGACUGUCUACCUGUACUGUGUCAACGUUCCGAACGGAGAAGAUGCACCGGUGAUCGGAGAGCCUGUUGCACACAUUAAGUUAACAACGAACCCGGAAUCGUUGGUCUUCGUGCGCCAUAUCGACACCAACGAUUUGAUUCUCCUGGUUUCGCGCCGCGACUCUACCCAUAUCUACUACUAUCAAGUGGCAUCAUCACCCAAGGAGGCAAGCAAUCUGGACCAAAAUGAAUCGGAUAUCCCUUCGUGUCGCCUCCUGGGACAGCAGAACCUGGCACCUCAUUCGAAUGCCUGGAUUGGUUUCUCCCCAGCACACAUGGCUCUCAGCCCACACGAUCCCGGCCUGCUGGCGGUAGCUACAUCUACACUCCCACAUAUGAAGAUGAUCAUCGUGCGUCUCUUGUUCCCUUCAGUGGCCCCCUUGGCUACGCGCGACCCAUCUGAGGAUGCACCUGUGACGCAGGCGUCCCAAGCGCUCGAGUCUCUGGCGCUGCAGAACCGCGAGGACGCAGCAAUCUUGAUACAGGCCAAUACAUUUGCGCCACAGACGGCAUACUCGACACCCCAGGUUGCCUGGCGACCCGAUGGGUCGGGUGUGUGGGUGAAUGGAGACGACGGUAUGGUCCGUGGCAUUGAGACGAAGACAGGAAAAGUUGUUGCUACGCUCAAGAAUGGCCAUGAGCCCGGCUGCAAGGUGCGUACCAUCUGGGCAGGAUAUGUUGAUGUGCAGAGUGAAGGCGAAGAGACGACACAAGAGGAAUGGGUCGUUAGUGGUGGGUUUGAUAAACGGUUGAUUCUGUGGAAAGUAUGA